AUGGCCAUCGCCCUUGCGAACAGCUGUAGCCCAACUCGGCUGGGUUUCCCAAUGGACGAAAAGGGACCGAAACAGAGUGUUUGGCAUCGAUUGGGACUGCGAAGAUGGUUGGGUCGUGACGAUCGAGAUUCCCGGAACCAGGAUGCCCUCUUCCCCCACAACCAUAACCGAGCGACCUCCAUCGAUAGUAAUAAACAGGACAACCUUACCCGUCGCCUCUCACGUCGCGUAGGGGUUGGCUUGCCCAUGUCCGGCCCCUUUAAACGUCCAACCUCCGAACAAAGUCAUGAUCAACUUGCGCCCCUGAAGGUUGAACCUCAGCAUCGUCGUGCGCAGUCGGCCGACCGUCGCCCGUUGAGUGCCCAAAGAACCCGGUCUCCACCGCCCGCCGUGGGCCCUCGACUUUCCGCGCCAGAGGUUCAGUGGAUCGGCCCGACAACCGCUACCACGGUCGACGAGCCCCUCGAUCGUGAUUUGGACGAUUUGGACGCGACCCUGGACCUAGACCCGGAUUUGGACUCGAACAAUGAGAUCGAUUCUCAACCCGAUUGGGACUCCUCCCCCGAUUUAACCACCACAGCCCCUGAAAGCGCACCUCCGCCAAACACACUCGAGAUGGAGCUGGAACACCGAUGGAUUUUGAACCUGAGCAUGCACUUUCGGGAUCGAUCGGAAAGGGAAAAGUUCUUCGUCACUUAUGCAGAGACCCCGACCCGAUGGCGCCGAGUCACAAUAUCCUGCGAUUAUCGGGGUGCCACGGAGGAUUCACUCGAGCAGGAUUUGAAGGACUUGCGAUACCAGAGAGACAAAUGUGCGCGAAUUUACGAAUCCAUCCGCGAAUCCCUACCUCAAAUCCAAUUCUACGAUACCGUCACCAAUUUGAAAGUCGAGACUAGCGAAGGCCGCUUGCAUGUUCAUGUCACCGAAGAUGUGAAUGAGAUGAUCCCCUACCCUCCUAUUUCUAGCAUCGGACACUUGCGGGGUGCCCGCUGCGUACCAGAGAACCUUUUGCAUUUCGAAUCCCACCUCUCUGGUUUUGUUUACAAAGUACAGUUGGGGGGUCACGCGUACAUAAAGAAGGAGAUUCCGGGCCCCGACACGGUGGACGAGUUUCUAUACGAGAUUAAUGCCUUGCACGCUCUCAAUGGCGCACCAAAUGUGAUUCAGGUUGAAGCGAUUGUGGUCGAUGAGCGACAGGAAGUGGUCAAGGGCUUAUUGAUCAACUAUGCUGCCCAAGGCGCGCUAGUUGAUAUUCUGUACGAUCAGCGGGGGGACAUAUCCUUUGCCAGACGGGAGCGAUGGGCCAAACAAAUUGUACAAGGUCUUUGUGAGAUUCACGAAUCUGGCUAUGUCCAGGGAGAUUUUACACUGUCGAAUAUUGUGGUGGAUGGAAAUGACAAUGCCCAUAUCAUCGACAUAAACCGCCGAGGAUGUCCCGUUGGAUGGGAGCCGCCAGAGAUUGCCGCCAAAAUUGAGAGCAACCAGCGCAUCUCUAUGUACAUCGGGGUCAAGACCGAUCUAUACCAGCUUGGAAUGACCCUGUGGGCCUUGGCAAUGGAGGAGGACGAGCCAGAACGACAACCGCGUCCCUUGCUCCUGGGACUUGAUGCAGAUGUGCCAGAUUACUACCGACGAGUGGUUGAUAUCUGUCUUAGUCCGACUCCCCGGCACCGAUUGAGUGCCAAGGAUCUUCUUACCCUAUUCCCAACUGACCUUUUCUCACGAUCUCUACCCGCGGGCCGGGUUCGAGAUACUACUGGGCAAGACUUACGACCUCUCAUCACAAAAGGCAACGGCAGUGAUGCGUUCCCUGUCGCAGUCCCUGUGAACCGCCCUUUUGAACCCCUAACUCCCUUCAAAAACGAAUUUCCCAAAACACACAACGGCAUGCCACAGCCAAUCUUCUCAAGCCACCAUGACCAAGGCAAGGGCUCAACGCCCACGCUUGCAGGUUCCAAUGGGGGAGCCACCUUCUUGUCCCGGCAUUCUUCGGCAUCUACAUUGAAUCACCAUGAAAUUCAUGACUCUGGGAGAAGAUGGGACGAGUUCGACGAAUCCGACGAUGAAUACGAUGAAGCCGAGUCGCAUCCAGCCCGAAAUGUUGAGCAACCCGUAAUUCCCCCCGUGGAUGCCACUCCAAUGGAAUAUUCAUCAUCCGCUCCAUCCAUUGACCAAGAUUCAAUCAAUUGGGAUGGCCACCCACUCAACCGCGAGUCCAUCCCCGUUUCUGCCAAACCUGUUGAACGGAUACCAAUCUCAAGUUCAGAAGAUGGGCCGAUUGAUCAAUCUAGCGAGCGUCCCGUCUCGAUUUCCAAACUUACCGAGACCGAGCCCGCAAUGCCAUUUCUCUUUGGCUCUAUCCUCCCCAUCAAUCCAUCUCUGCAGUUCUCUCGACACAGGCCGUUCCCUUCAGUGGCUAAAAAUACGCAACCGCUUUUACCACCACCUCGCGAGUCUAUUGUCGACACUUCAGCUCUAUUACAACAUAUGCAUCUCUCUCAAUCUCAAUUGCCUAUUAACCCUGCAUUUGAGGAAGAAGAAGAGAAAGAAGAAAGAAAGUCUUUCUCCGCAGAAUUGGAUCUGCUUAAGUCACGACUGCCUUUGAACCCGGCUGUUCAAAAUGGCUCUUCUAAGCUUAUGUCUCCGAACCUCAAGCCGCAGUCUUUCACCUCCACCUCCAUCUCCACCGGCGCAAUAAUCGAGACCAACACCAUAAAACUACCUCCGCUUGCUCACUCAUGUCUUCCUAUAAACCCGGCUGCUGAAAACGGGUCUGUUGGUCCCAUUCCGUUGCCCGGCGUGUCACAACUCUCCAUCGUCAAUGACCUUCCAUCACCUCUUAUUGAAUCACGACUUCCCAUAAACCCGGCCGCUGAGAAAGGUUAUGCCAGAGUUGUGCCUUCAACUCGAGAGUCACAGGUCUCUGCUCAGAGAAUUACUGCGAAUGCACCCGGACUCAACGCAAUCGUUGGAAAUGAGGAUGCAUCCCUUGGCGAAUCACGACUGCCUAUCAACCCUGCAGUUGAAGAUGGGCCCAUGACAAAUGGCUCGUCGCCUUUUGAACCAAAGAGCUCAGAAUCCCGGACCCCCGAGAAGAGCCCUAUUAAAUUGGUUCCUACCAUCCUCGAGUCACAAAUGCCAACCGACACAACAGUCAAAGACGGCUCCAUCAAAUUUGUCCUCUCUCCUGUCAAAUCUCAACUCACCAGCAGCCGGGCUCCUGACAACCGCUCGGCCCGACUCAAUCACUCUCUUGUCGAUUCCCGACUCCCUAUCAACCCAUCCUCUAGAGACAGCCUCUAG